AUGCACGAUGCCUCCCCGUAUGAAAUUGGACGAUCAGUAGUCGAAAAUAACGGAACGUCAGUCCCACCCCCAACAAGCUUACGUUGUCCCGACACAGGCGACGUAGAAUCCGGCGAUGACAUCCGCUCUUCAGGCGACUUCCGCGGUCCCGACACCGGCGACUUCAGCUUCCCCGACACUGGCGACUUCCCCUGUCCCGACACCGGAGACUUACGAUAUUCCGACACUGGCGACUUUAGCCUCCCCGACACCGGCGACUUCCGCUUUUCCGACAACGGCGACUUCCGAUGUCCCGACCCCGGCGACUUACGAUAUCCCGACACUGGCGACUUCAGCUUCCCCGACACCGGCGACUUCCGCUUUUCCGACAACGGCGACUUCCGAUGUCCCGACCCCUGCGACUUUCGCUGCCCCGACCCCGGAGACUUCGGGUGA